GUCCGACACCAUCAUCCCCCAUGCCGAACCGUCGCGCCAACGAGCGUCGCAGCUGCGAUCAAUGUCGCAAGCGCAAAUGCCUGUGCGACAGGACAAAGCCGUGUUCGAACUGCGCGGUUCGCGGUCUCGCCCACCUCUGCUACGCAGGAGACGGCCGGCCUUCGCCGAUGUCGACGCCCUCUCGAAUGCGAACAGAGACGCCGCGCGUGCUGCCCAGCAGCAUGGAACGAGUGGACAGCGCAUUCUUCGCCACAACGACGACGACGACGGCUGAGAGUCCAAGUGUCAGCUCUAUUUCGAUGGCGCCUGCCCUCGCGGACGGUCAUUCCUACCUGAGUACAAGGCAGACUCACUUCGAUAAUAGCGAAAGGCAAGCGAAAGGUCCUGUACUGGCAUGGGAGCAGGUCAGCGAAGUUCUACCGAGUCGUGCAAUCUGCAAGCGACUUUUGGCUUUCUUCCUCACAGAGAGCAUAAAUCAGAGUGUAGUGGACACCGACGUUUUCGCUUCGACCUCGGAGCAGCUUUGGAAAGGGAUGGCGGUCUCUCAGCGCUGGCUUGCAAAUUUCUUUAUGAUUCUUUCGAUUGCGGCCAUUACCGUGCCGCAGCAUCACGACCUUCGGGCGACUUACCUCGACUUCCGCAAGAGCCAACAGCUCUGGUCCGAACAGGCGUGCAAGCUGCUUGAUGGCACCACAGCCGGCGCGGAGCCGCCGAGCGAGUCUGAGAUGCUGAACGAGGUCACGUUCAGGGCACUAGAGGCUUUACGGAGCCUCCUCUUAGGGGACAUGGAAGCGUGCUGGGAAGCCAUUGGGCGAUCGAUCCGCAAGGGCGCCACGAUACAUCUGUUCGAUCACUCCGAAUGCACUUCUGCGACCCGAGAGGAGUGCGCGAGACGGUCCGCCCUCGCCCGCAUGAUUCUCGUCACCGAUCGGUGGAUGUGCUUCAACCGUAAUCGCCCCUUUGGCAUCGCCAGUCACUAUGUAUCGCUGCACGGACGCGAAACGACCACUCUUGAUGUCCGCAUCUUGCGCGCCCUCGAGGCUUGCCACGACUUUAACAUCGCGUCGACACGGCUGUCGCUGGCCGACAGAUCCGAGCGCGGCCUCCGUCUGCUCCAGCUCAUCGAUACAGAAUUCGUGGGAUGCCUCUCCGAUCUCCGCGUUGACAUCAACUUGACCAAGGGAGUGCCGGUGGGCAUCUUUACCUCGCUCGAGUCGGGCAAGGUCGGUCAAGUCGCCAGUCUGGUCUCGUCGUUUCUCUACAUGCAGUGCGUCUUUGGCAUGCGUUUCAUUGGCCAGAAUGCCGCCCCAUAUGCGCUUCGACGGUGCAGCAUCGAGGGUGCUGAUUCGCUCAUCAAGACGGUCCCUGUGUUGUGAGAGCAACGUGAGGCAAAGAGCUUCAAUCAUCGCACUGACUCCAUAGGGGUCCUACUGAAGCUUGCGACUCAUGGACGAGGGAAAGGUGGUCGUCCCACUAGAGCGUCUGGCCACCCAGCUC